AUGUUCUCCACGAGAACCAGUGACCUGCUCUGGGCAAUCACAUCCGCUGUUGGAGCCAGCUUUUGCUUGAUUGUCCUCCUGGUAGUCGCAGCAGUAUGGUGGAAUCCAGAGUCACGACCACAUCUCGACCGGGUCAGUUUCCGUAUCGUGACUGUGGCUUUAUUCGUCAAUAUGCUAUUUGGAAUCUCAAGCACAGUCGGAGGAAUCCUUACAGAAGAUUCCUUUCUCUGCGGGUUUUCUAUCUUCGUCUUGCAGUUGACGUUACAAUUUUCCAGUUUCCUUCUUUUCUGUAUAGUCCUCAAUUUACAACUCGUGGUUCUCUAUGGACUCGAUGGCCAAAAACUAGAGAGAUACUACUUCAUCGGGUCAUUCCUGAUGUCGAUUAUACUUGUGAUUCCUCCUUAUGCAGCCGGUCAAUAUGGAUGGGACCCUCUCGAACAGGUCUGUUGGUAUACCAACGAUGAUCCUCGUCAGAGAAUAGCGUGGCAGAUUGGAACACAAAUGGCUUGGACUGCGAUGCUCGCUUUUGGUGAGAUUGCGGCGUCGGUUUCAGUAACAAUAUUCAUGCUCAAACACCGUAUCCGCACACGACAGAUAUUUGUCUCGACAUCUGGAAAUGGGAUAGUCUCCUCGUCACCACCUCAAGUCGUACAUGCUAAUAACUAUAAGCGCAUCAUUAUCCGGAUCGCUCUCUAUCCACUGGCGUCGUGUUUCGUGAACGUUUUGAGUAUAUUCACUGCACUUCAUUCUACCUUAACAGAUGGAAUACACGAUCAAGAAGACUACAACAUUCUCCUCCUUAGCGACUUUUUGUACGGUGGUCGUGCUAUCGUAUAUGCGCUUCUCGCUGCUUCAGAUCCCGCACUAGUGCGAGGAAUCCAAACCCUUUAUCACUCUCUUCGAGGAUCACAUAACGCUCACUCUAUCGGGAAACCCAGUAGCAAAACAUCUGGGAGUCCAACUCGCUCGAGCUCCCAGUCUCUCGUGGUCCAAGUCGAACUGUCUACCAUACGCGACUAUCUACCGUCUGAAGCAUCUAUAGACGAUUUACCCAGUCGUCCCGAACCAUCAUUUGUGCCAUCGCAGAAGGAGGGCAUGAUUAACGUUCCUAGAAAAUCCGCCUCAGCCUCCCAGCUGCAAAAUGAACAUCGAAAUUCUCGAUAUCUUCCUUCUACUGAACCAAUGGAUGAAGAGAUUCUCAGGCAAGAGCAGGCUUUUCAUCGGCAGAUUUAG